GGGGAAGAGGGAGAGAGAACGAGGCUUCUCCGUGAUUUCAUUCCAACGUCCACGUGCUUUCGCGGCUUAGGCAAGAGAUUCUCGAGCGACGGGUGCGGCGGUGAAAGAGUGGAAAGGGAAAGAGGGGGUUUGGCUUGAUCUCUCUCUCUUUCUCUUUCUCUCUCUUUCUAUGCCGGAAGGUGGUAGGAGUGGGGGGAGAGCCAGUCCGCCGUCGACCUUAGGAGUCGAGCGGUCGUUUCGUUGCAUCGCGUUUAGUGCGUGUCCGUCAGUGCGCGAGUCAAUGACGACGUCGUGAACGCGCGAGAACGCGCGUGCUCGUGCGACGACGCGCGUUUCCCGCGACGUCGAGAGAGAAAGAGAGAGAAAGCAGAGAAGAUAAAGAAAAAGAAGUGGGGAGACGCGGAAGGGAGAGAAGAAUAAAGGAAGCCAAGAACGAAGCAUCGUCGAAUCGUUUGAUCGCACAGCACGUUUGCGUGCUCAAAUCCACGCGCGUACGCACGUACGGGCGGAAAACGUGCGUUUCGUUCGCUCCUGCGUUUAACCUCGAGGAAAUCAAGAUUCGUCCUCCUGCUCGGCGUUUUUCAAGGAUUCGAAUAGUCUCUUUUAAGAGCGUGACAGGGUUAGAGGAAGACCGGGCGGGAAUUUCGAAAGGCGUCAAAGUGAUUCGAAACGUAGGUUAGGGGGCGAUACUUUCGGAUUAAGGGGGUCCGCGAAAGUGACGCGAAGUUGUCGCGAAUCCCGGAGGAGGAGGAGGAGAAGGAGGGAGAAGGGUGUUAAGACGGUCAAAGGAUAGCGACAGAGGUCGAUAAAAGAUCUGAGAAAAUAAAAAGGGAAAAACUUUGAAGAGGGGAGCGAGUAAAUGGAACGAUGUCGUUGCCAUCGUCACUAGUGUUGCUGUUUUUAUCGGCCGAUAAUAAUCGUCGUCCUCGUCGAUAAGCUCGCGCUCGCGUCAGUGUGUCGCGAUGUCGAGCGGCACGGCGGGCGUCGUGCGUGCUACCGGCGCCGAGUGCAGGAAGUUCGCACCAAACAUAUUCAACAAGAGCAAGUGCAGCAGCUGCUUCAAGCAGAAAGAGGAGCACAGUGCGGAGGCUCUGGAAUGCAAUAGGGCUACAAGAAAGAUUUCAAAAUGUGGAUACCUCUUCGUCGCACCCGGCUGGGACUUUUCGAAUCCUCUCAACCGUACAAAGAGAUGGCAAAGAAGAUGGUUCGUCCUUUACGACGACGGAGAGUUGACUUAUUCGGUCGACGAGCACCCAGAAACGGUGCCACAAGCGCGGAUCGACAUGACGCGAGUCCUGGAGGUCGCAGCCGCGGAGGACAUCACCGGGCAUCCCUACAGCCUGGCCGUGACCUCGCCCGAAGGCGUGACGUUCGUUAAGGGCACGUGUCGAGAGGAAACGAGAUGGUGGGCCGACGUUCUCCAGGUGUAUUCGCGAAACAAAGGUCGACACAAGCGAAAUGCCACGUUUCCUGGCAGUCAAACGACGAUCCUCCAGGUUACGCCGACGAUUCGAAGUAACACGCCGAAUCCGCCUCGACCGCGCUUCAAUAGCUGCCGAUCGGAACCCCGAAGCAAUGCCAUGUGGAUUACGGAGACGGCGAGCGGCUCGUCGGAACUUUGCUCCUCCGUAUUUUCGUCGGCGCCUUCUUUGGUCACUACCAGCGUGUCGACGAUGACUAGUUGCUCGACGAAUUCUCUCCUGAGCAACGGUACCGUGGACAGCAGCAACGUUUCGCCUCUGCGAAGCAGCACUCCUUUGGAGAACGGUACGAACGGCCCGUAUUUAUCCUCGUCCUCGUCGUCAUCCUCGUCGUCGUCGUCGUCGUCGUCGUCGUCGUCGUCGUCGUCGUCGUCGUCGUCGUCAGCAGCGGCAGCAGCAGUCACGUCUGUUUCCAUGAACGGAAACGUCGUAGUCGUGAGCACGGCUUACGCGACGACGCCAACGAGCACCGCCGUCGUUGUCUCCGCCUCGAAUACGACGAUCUCGAGCACGUUGUCCGGUAGCGGUGCUGGCACAACUUUGACCGAGAAACCACCGAUGAUACCGAGCGAAGUUAGAUCGUCGUACAGGGAUCAACCCGCCAGUGGAUCCUCUCCACCCACCAGGGACAAAUUGUGCGCCGAAGACAAGGCUAGACGCAGGUCGAAUCAUCAACAGGGAGAACAUGGAUCGAAUGAAAAGUUAGACGACGACGCUUGCCGAAGAAUAUUCUUAGAACACGAGAGAGAACGGGAAGGUAAAUUACGGGAUAUUGCCGCGUCAUUGACUCAACCGCGAGUUCGCAGAAUCAAGGCUAGAACCUCCGAGCCAACGAGGGACGUCGUCGAUGCCUCUAACGCGGUCCAUCGAGACAAACUCGUAAGAGGCGAUCCCGACGGUUGUGGAUUAGAUAUUUCCAGCAUUAGAUAUUCGCCUACAUCCGAAUUGAGGGUCGACUUACCAGCGGAAAAUGUACUAAACAUUAAGAAGGGUUGGCUAAUGAAGCAAGGUUUAAAUAAGGAGUGGAACAAGCAUUGGUUCGUUUUACGAGGUUGUGGCCUGAUGUACUAUAGAGAUCCUUGCGCGGAGGACAAGGGCAUCAUGGAUGGCGUUAUAGACUUGAAUACCGUUACUGCGGUUACGCCGUUGCAGGUCGCAAGAAAUUAUGGAUUUCAAACCGUGGCCUGGGACGAAAGAGGUAGCACCGUCUUAUCCGCGGUGACGGCCGGCAUUAGAUCCAGCUGGAUGUCGGCUAUUAGAAGAGCGGCUAAUCUGCCCGAUCCUGAUAGCAAUGGGGAAACGCUGCCGAUGUGCUCGGACAAUCAACAGGAUACUAAUCCUCAAUCACCGACCACGUCCAUCAACGAUCGCGAAAGGGACUCCGUGAUCCCUCCGACGUCGAACACGCCUCGAUCGGUCCUAUUUUCCUCCGACGAAGAAUACAGAACUGCGUCGGAGGGCGGACGAAGGGAAUCCGGUGACUGGUCGGAAAUUCCGGUUUCGCCGCCUCUUAUUAGAAACGGCGAUUGGUCUUUGCCCUUGAAAGGAUCCAACUGGUCCGACACGACGAAUCACGAAUGGUCGGAGUUACCACCGUCGCCGCCUUUGACGAGAACCGCUCUGUCGAGGGUUAAAGCGAGAUCGAGGUCGAGUUCGAGAUCGCGCGUUUACAAGAGGAGUCGCAGCUCACCCCCGAGUUCUCGACGAAGCACCCUGGACAGCGUAAGGUCGGAGGACCUUAUGAUGGCCUGCUGCGAGUUAGGAGAAGACGAGGAGCAAAGCAACGGGCACGUUCAGAGCAACAGCCGUCUCUCCGGUUCGAACGACAGUCCCUUGAUCGUCGAACUCUUGGAGAACCAAGUCUCCCUCUUACGCGAUCAACUCGACCACAAUCAGUCCCAUCCAAACGCGCUGCUAGUCAUCGUCGAGCGUCAAGAAAACGAGAUAGAGAAAUUAAAGUCACAGCUGAACACGGCGCGACUGGACGUGGCCAACGCCGAGAAAGAAUUAUCGAGGCUGAGGCAGCAAAAGGCAGAGGCGGCGAUCAGGGAAAAACAGGUGGAGGAAUUGCUCGGUACGAUACAGAGAACGGAACAACAAAGGAACAAGGAUCUCGACGAUUUGGAGAAACUGAAGAAAGUUUACACGAGGGAGAAGGAGAUACUGGAAUGCAAAUUGUUGGAAACCGAGGCUAUUCUUAGAGAGACGAGCGAACGAUGCGAGAUGCUUACGAACGAGUUGACUUCGAGCCACAGGAACGUCCAACGUUUGCAGGAAGAGGUGCAGGCACUCGGCGAAAGACUCUCUCAAGGUAUCGAAGAAAACGAACGACUGUACAAUAGGGUGCGAGAGCUGGAAGAGAGGGGUGGCCUUUCCGGAUCGCGAGAACGAGGCAGAAGCUUCGAUUCCCUUAGCGAUCUGACCAAUAUCGAUUUGGACAUGGAUCUCAAUAUGCUGGACAAGGAGAGGGUCGUAGAGGAGUACGAAGAGUUGCGAGUUCGAUUCGAGAAGGCCAUAUCCGAGAUACGUGCGAUGCGUAAGGAAUUGCGCGAAGCCCACUCGACGCAGGAUGCAUUAGAAUUGGAGAUUUUUGCUUACAAGCAGGACGCCAUCGGCGUUAGCGAGACGAAUCAAGCGCAGGUUCAACUGAUGGCAGCUCGUAUUCAGGAUUUGACGAACAAGCUCGCCGCCAGCGAGAAACAAGUUAGAACGCUUAAGCAGAAAUUGACGAAGGCGGAGACCAGGGACAAGAGAAGAUCGCUCUCCUUGAAGGGAAGGGAAUCUUUUCAGAUAUCUCAGGAAAUGGAGGAUAAGCUUUGCGACUUGGAGAAUAAGAUUUGCGCUAUAGAACGCGGUAAGAGCGUCGGCGGUGGUCCGAUUUCGAGCGGCGUUGCUCCUAAUUCGAAGGAGUCGAGUCCCAACGCGAAGAAGGAGAAGAAGAAGGAAGGGAAACAUUUGGAUCGCGCUAGAUUGCGCAGAAAGUCGUUGGAUAGCGCGACCAGUUCGGAACCUAUGAAGGUGCUGAUCAGAUUGAGCACGUUGGAGACCAAGGUCGCGAGCGUGGCCGAGAGCAUGGCGAGCGACGCCGAGAAAGACUCCAGCGAAUGCAGCGAGGUCAGCGCGACCUCCGUCGGCAACGAGAUCCCCUUGGAAUUUCUCUCGAGAUUGAAGAAGUUGGAGAGAGUCGUGUGGAAGUCGAAGCGACGAUUGGAAAAGUGUCUGGGCUCGACGCAAACGGAGGAUAAGGCGGAGAAAUGCUUGCGCGAGGUCAACGACAUUUUGGAUUCGUGCUUGGAGUGUAAGAAGGGCCAAGUCGUCGUCGGCGGUCAGAUCGGCGAAUCGAUAGGAGUAGUGGUAUGUAGACUAGAGGCUAUACUUAAGGAUAAAUUAAGCGAACUCACGAAGAGACGGCAGACGCUCGCGUCGAACGACCGGUUGGACGACAGGGAGAAAGUAAAGUUGAUCGCCGAAAGGAUAGCCUUCGAAUCCGUGAUUCUUGGACGAUUGAAGCGCGCGAUCGGCGGUGGUACCUUAGGCGACAAGAGCGCCGUUCUCGGUGAAUUGCUCGAAACUAGUCAGCUUGCCUCAAGCUUAAAGCAUAAGAUUCAUGGAACCAAGCCCAAAACGUACCAAAACACGAACUACGUUCAGUAUCUUUCUAGGGUCUUAGCUAAUAAGUUAGUGCUCGUAGGAGGCGUUCUCCCCGUUAAAACGGAGGCGUCGCUUCAACUUUGCAACGCUCGAACCGAGAGCUUGAACUUUUUGUUGCAAAAGCAAAAGGAAGUCGACGGUAUCGUCGGACGUUACAAGGAGACGAAGUUGAGAGAGCUGGCGGAGGCCUUGGCGAUCGAGACGCUCAAUCUGUCGGAUCAGGAGGAUCAUCCGGCCAAGCAGACGAACGUUUCGAGCAAGAAAUUGCUCGAGGAUAAGCGUAUUCGCGAGGCCUGGGCCCUCGCCCAGGAGACCGUCAACAAGGAGCUCGUGCAAAGCGAGGUGUCGCGCGUUAUAUUGCACUGCGCGCAGAUCUACGAACAGGAUAUCGCGUCCGUCCUCGACACCUGUCUCAGUUUCAACGAGGCUGGAUCCGUCGGCUUGGAGAACUGGGCGGACGAAACGCGAUCGAAACUACGCGAAGAGAUACGACUCUCCGUGGAGGAACUGUCCGAGGUUUACGAAGAUUCCCUUCGUACGAUCAAGCGGAACAAGGCUCUCGUUAAUUCCGAAUACGAUUCCCGUCGACUUUUGACGGAUUACGCCGACGUGAUCGCGCACAAAGCUUUAAUAGAUGCCAGAAUAGCUCUUCUGCGGAAGAACACGAAACCGUCGACGACCUCCUUCAACGGUCAAAGCGGUCAGAACUUUCUAUCUAGUCUUAUCAGAAACGAGGACCUUCUCUAUCACUUGACCGAGGAUAACUCUGGUAAAUUCGAUAACGAUCUCGUUCUCGAGGCGGAGUGCAAUUAUCUGUAUCGACAGUUCGCCGAGGAGUGCGAGGAUAGGAUAUCCGGUAGGCAGGAGUCGAAGGAACGGCUCAAAACGAUAGGACAGAGUUUGGGACAUCUCGAGGAGGACAUAGGCGGACUCGCCAAAGCUAUAAAACUAAAGGCGGGAGAGUCGGCGGCGACUAAGACCAUGAUCUGUCAGUUCGAACGUUCGAGCAGCGGGCUCGCGGAUUGGACGAACGUUUGCGAAAAGUGUUCGCAUUUGCGAGAGCAAAUCAAGAGACUCGCCGCGUACGUCGACCUUAUGUCCUGCAAGCAGUGCGAGGAGCUGCAAGAGACCGUAGAGAGGCUAACGGCUCAGCACGAGGAAGAGCUGGAAACGCUCAAGAGAAAUCAGGAGAAGGAUAUAAUGGACAUUAAGGGCGAGCUCGACAGUCAAAGGCAGUCCCUUACGACGCAGUACGAGCAAGAAGCGGCCAGUCUGCGAGAAAGAGCGAGAAAGUUGGAGUACAGAUUGAACGCGAUGGACUCGGAACAUUCUGCUCACGUCAACGAGCUACGUGCCGUUUAUCAAAGAUCCAUAAGCGCCGAACUCGAUACCGAUGCCGAGACCAGAAAAAGAUACAAGGAGGAGAUCAAACAGCUCAGGGCACUUUGCGAGAAAGGAUUGUUGGCCAUGGAGAAUUCGCACCGACGUAUCAUUUCAGAGAUGGAGGAAAAGCAUCGGCAGGAAUUGGAAAAUUUGAGAGUGGAGAAGGAGCAAGCACUCUCGGAAGAGACCCAAGCGACUUUGGCUGCCCUGGAUGCCAUGAGAAAGGCGCACGAGCACGAGGUACAAAAGGAGAUUGCCAAGUUCAAGCAGGAAUUCAUCAAGCAAAUGCAAGCUCGAGAGGAUAUCGGUGAACUGCACAAAGAACACGAGGAAGAAAUGGAGGAGAUAAAGCAAGAAAUUCUUUCAUUGUCCGCCAAAUAUUCGUCGAAAUGCGUCGAGUCUGCCGCUUUGGAGGAGAAAGUAGGUACUCUUACGAAGCAACUCGCACAAGCGCAACAGCAUAUAAUGCAGCUAGACGCUAGGAACAAGCAGCUGAGGGCGCACUUCUUGGUGGAAUGUAGCGACGCUGGUAUCAAUGAUACUAUUCAGAUUUUAAAAAGCGGAGAGAAUGACACAGUCGAACCGAAGGAGGAACUUUACAAGCUACCACAGCACAUAAAACAUGGGGACACCCUUCGUGAAACGACCGGUGUACCACAGAAAUCUUCGUCACUAAACACCUCGCCAGCGUACUCACCGCAACGUGUAAGAAAUAAUCACGAGUCGAUGCAAGGAACGAGCGAGGAGCAGAAAUUAACGAGCGAACGCCCAAAAAGCUCCUUAUCCACGCUUCAAAAGUCCCUUUCGGCGGAUAAACCGAGCAGCUUCUCGUACAAGCUCGAACGAAUUAAAUCCAUAUCGUUGCCUUACUCGAAUAAUUUAGUUAGGCCGGGGAGUAGUACUGCUAUUUCAUCGCACGAUAGGAAAGAUACGAUCUUAACUCAAAAGAACGAAGAACAUAAUGGUAUAGCAUCGCCAUUAUGGGACAGCUUAAGACCAAGGAGCGGAUUGCCCCAUCAGUAUCAAGGUGGCACAGCAGAGAUGCGAAUCAACGGUACUGGCGGUCGGAAACAGGCGGACAAACAAAGUGAAAAACAGCAACAAUCGGAGACAUAUACCUUCCGUACCGACACUCGUCACCCAUCCUACCUCAGCCCGGAACCCCCAGCUCUCUCCGUUGCAGAGCUGAUGAGGUCUCCAUUAUUGAGGUGGUCGAGCAGAAAUUGUCGUAGCUUGCCUCCUACACCUUUACCGAGUUAUCAUCAACCGCUCCACCCCCCACUCCCCGCGGUGGGCAUGGUUGCAGAGAGGAAGAAACGUUUCGAAGUUUAAACUCUGUCCAUCUUACGCAUUAAAUCACUCGAAUCAUCGAUUUAUAUACGCACGAGCCGUCGCCUUUUACGAAAUAUCGUGCAAAAUUCGUUGUUGUGUUUUAUAUGGUGCUAAUAUGGUCGCUCUCGUGCAUAUUACUUCUUGAUUUCUGUUUUUUGUUUUUCUAUCUUUUUUUCUCUCUUUUUUUUUUUUUUUUUUUCUUUAAUCGUAGAUGGGCUCAGGAAUUGAAAUGCGUGGGAACUCGGCGUUUAAAAUGCGUUCCUUGUGACUGUUAUUCGCGACGAUGAUUCAGUAUAUGCGAUUCGUAGAUAAUUAGUAUACUUUGAUAAUGUGCAAUAAGUCGUGCUCAAGUACGUGCUUACCUUGUAUCGCAUCACUCUAUUGAGCAUGUUUAUAAGGUAAACAUGAUUCAAUAAUAAUCGAAACGAGUCUUUAGACUCGUCGAAGUAGGCGGGCUCUCUACGCCCAUCUUCGUUCCAGGUGGCUUACUAUACGAGCGUACAUUACACGCCUAUUCGUACAAUAGGUUGUUUUUGAGAAAGUUUAUCCAGAAAUUUUUGCUAAGUACAUUCGUAUACAAGAUGGCCGCGAGAUUCUCGCGACGACUGACUGUCCUUUGAUAUGCAUUUAAACUUUGAUAACAAGUUUUUUCGUAGAUAGCGAUUAGUCCCUUUCCUACGAACAACUUUGACCAAUGAUAUUUGAGACGCGCUAUUUUUUCUUUUUUGUUUAGAACAAAAGAAAAAGAAAUUACUUUCGACCAGAAAAUUAUCUCCGCUAUAUACAAACUUGGUGCGCCAAUUACAAUUAACGAAGGGGAGGAGAAUAAAUCGCGAGUCAUGUACACAAGAAAAUAUUUCGUGAUAAUUGCUAUAGAAUAUUCUCUACUACUCCAACGCAUACGUAUCUCGAUGUUAAGUCGUCCAAUAAUAACGAUAGAAUCCGUUUGAAUCGUCUGUUUUCCAAAUAUAUAUCCACACAUGGUUAAGUAUAUUUCUGAUUUCGAAGUUAACGGAGAAUUUCAUUUUAGCCGGAACAAGCUCAAAUUUUUAUCAUUCUUUUGUAUAUCAAUUUUGAUUCGAAAUUAGACCCUUGUUGUGAAUGAAUUUUUUGUUACACACGGAAUAAAUCUAAAUUAAUAGCAACGUGCAAAACGAGAGAAAGCGAGAAAAGGAAAAGACUUUCGUUGAUUUAGAAUCGAAAUGAAUGUUAUGCUUGUUUUUGCUCUUGUUAUGUACAGAUUUUGCACAUAAUUAUGCCGUUAUAUCGUCGCAUUGUGUAUUAUCGCAUCUUUCAUCGUGUAAAUGUUUUCAGAUUGCGAUCAUUUGAUGUUAAUACUGUAUAGUUUAUGAUGUUUUCUCUAAGAUAUCAAAUAUAAAUAGUUUUGAAUUAAUCUUUUUCCAUUGAAAAUGGAUCGUUUACUAUAUAUCACUAUUGUAUUUUCUACUUUACGACCGAUCGCGAUCCGUUGCAGCGAUUCGCUUGCUAUUGAAACGGUAAACGAUGUUAAAAAAAAUUCAUUAUCUCUUAUGUAAUUACUCAGGAUUGUUUAACAUUUAUAAUAUAUUACGAUUAUGAUAUUGUAUUUGUAUUAUAAUUUAUAACACGUUUGAAAUAAAAUAUACAGUAACUAUCGUA